AUGGAAUUCCAUAAUGUAAUCGGAGUUGCUGUCCGUCUUUCAUUGCGAGGAUCUUUGUUACAAAGCAUAUAUAUAGCCGUCCAAAUUCUUCUUGAUAGCCUUUUCUUUACUCACAUAGAAAUGGCAUCUUUUAAUUCACACGAUUUGAUAAAUAGAAAAGGCAUAAAACGUCCCAUUAACAAUGAGGAAGAAGAGUCAAAUAGACGUCUGUUCCAAAGACCACGCACUUCAGAAUUCGAAACAAGCAUAAAUUGCGUUAGCAGUCAGGUCUCGGAUCUGACACUUAUAGAUAAUGAUGACAUGGACAUGAACAUGAACAUGGAUUUUGUCGAAUCACACAAAACGAAUACUACACAUGUGUCAGAGUACAUUGGUGAAUUUGCUAGUCGAGCUGCUUUCGCCGUUGAUAUUGUUUCUAACUUUGUGCCUUUUGGAAGUUUGAUAUCAAACAUUUAUAAGGCAGGCGAGGAAAUUAUUUCUUUAUAUCAAAAAGCCGAAUAUCACAAGGAAAUUUGCAGUCAUAUGACUCAGAGAGUCAUCGCCGCAAUGGCGGCCGUGAAGGAUUUAAAAACAAGGAAAAAUGAGAACGAAAAAUUCUUUACCGAGGAAAAUCUUCAAAUCUUCAAAGGAUUUGUAAGAUGCAUGUGGAAGAUACGAGAUUACAUUAGUGAAAUAUCACAACUCGGAAAGAUGCGAAAAAUAAUAAAAGCGAAUAUGAUUGAACAAAAAUUUAAAGAACUUACCUUAGAAUUUGAAGGAUAUAUGAAAUCCUUACAGUUCGCAAUUAUAGUGCAAUCCAAUCUGGAUAUGAACGCCGAGAUACAGAAAAUCGAACAAAAUGUAAGACAAGUUAAAGAGAUGCUUAGUCAUAUCCAUGGUGGCAUUACUGAUUCGCAUAACCACAUCUCAUGGAAAAUUCCACAAGUUCGAAACAUGAAUAUUGAAUUUUUAAAUCAACAAAACAAUCGAGGACUUGAAUCAUCACACCUGGAAUUGUUAGACUUAAACUUAUAUGAGAAGGAACCUAAUGUUACAAGGCGAAAUAUUACUAAAUGGUUAAAUAUUCAGUAUGGUGUUGAAGUGGCGUUUAAAGAAUUUACAAAUAAUACCAGUGAUAAUUCCAGUGAAAUGGAAAAUGACAUCUGUAAGCAAGUCGCGAUCUUACAGCAUUUGCAACAAUCCUCGCAUAUAAUUAAGUUUUACGGCAUUGCAAAGGAUGGAUUUAAAUAUUACUUGGUAACCGAAUGGAUGGAGAAUAAGAACUUACUUGAAUAUUAUGAGUGUCAUCCACUCAUCGCAUGGUCAAAGAAACUCGAUUUUGCCGUUGAUAUUUGUCGUGGUCUUAUAUUUCUAAAUGCCGUUGAGAUCCUUCAUCGCGAUUUGCGAGGCGCAAACAUGCUAGUUGAUAAAAAUCACAAAGUUAAAAUCGCCAAUUUUGGUUUGAGCCGACGAUUCACGGAGGUCACCAGGAAUAUUCAAACGAGUCUAGAAACGGUCAAAUAUAUGGCACCCGAGAAGCUGUCCAAGGGGGACAAAUACACUUAUGACAUUAAAUGUGAAAUUUAUAGUCUUGGCGCACUCUUAUGGGAGAUCGCCGAGCAGAGGCCGCCGUUUUCAAGUGGAAAUUUGGAAUUUCAAGCCAUUCGUGAUCUGGUGGUCAAAACCCGUUAUCGUGAACCAUUAUCUCCUGGAGUACCCGAAUUGUGGAAGAAAGUUGUGACCCAAGCUUUACGCCAUUCACCGUCAGAUCGUCCAGCAAUUUCAUAUAUUUUUGAAAAUCUUUACCAGUGUCAAAAACUUUGCGACCCUCAACCACAAUUGGUAUCAUCAUCAUUUGACACAGAGAUGGAUGACGGAUUUGGAUCAGAAAGUGAAAUUUUAGACAUUGGACAAACACCAAUCGAAGAUUCUGGAUGCAUAAGUGUUCAAGAAGCAAUCGAAGAACAUAAAAAGGGAAAUUUUCAGGCAGCAUGGAGAUGGUUUUUUUAUCAUGCAGAAAAUGGAGAUAUGCUUGCAAAGUUUUGGGUUGCCUGUUAUCUCUAUCAGUCUGAAAUUGAUGAGCUUAAAUGUAACAAAGAGGAAAAUCGUGUGAAGGCUGCCCAACUCUUUAAGGAAACUGCCGACAAUGGAAAGCAUGAGGCUCAACUCAGAUAUGGAAGUUGUCUUUGGCAAGGAAAAGGGGUGAGAACUAAUUAUAAUGAAGCGAUUAGAUAUCUAACAAUGGCAGCUGAUAAUGGAAAUGUAAAUGCCAUGUAUAAUGUUGGAUGUGCUUAUUACAAAGGCAAAGGAGUUGAAAAAAGUAAAACAAAAGGAGAAUACUAUUUGAAGAAAGCGGCACGAAAAGAGCACCCCAAAUCAAUCGAGAUGUGUAAAAGUUACACUGUUAUGAGUCAAAGCGUUGACUGCAUCCAUCACGAAGAUAGCUCGCCAAGGAGACUUCAAACACAAUUACUCACGUCCCACAUGAUACAGUUUAGCCUUAGUCAAUCGAGGUCCGUAACGAACGAUCCCACAAACCCUGCAUUUCGCAUCAAUGCACAACGUGCCAACAUCUUUCAAUUCUUUAAUAUCACAACAAUGCUGGUGCCAUGA